CCCGUCGUCUCCUCCCCCUGACCCUCCCCGCAGCCUUGGUCGGGCCUGAGGCUCGGGGCUGAGGGAGCGGGACGGAAGUGAACCGGGGUGCCUCGUCCCGGCUUUUUUUCUGCGGUACCAGCUCUUUCUCUCCGGCUCCGGAGUCUCCUUGCCGUAGCCUCGGUCCCCGGCCGUUUGGAGCCGGGAUGCCCUGCUCUUGCUGUGGGGCCUCGUCAUGGAGACCAAACGAGUGGAGAUUCCUGGCAGCGUCCUGGACGAUCUCUGCAGCCGAUUCAUUUUGCAUAUUCCCAGUGAGGAAAGAGACAAUGCUAUCCGCGUGUGCUUUCAGAUUGAACUUGCCCAUUGGUUUUACUUGGAUUUCUACAUGCAGAACACACCAGGAUUACCUCAGUGUGGGAUAAGAGACUUUGCUAAAGCUGUUUUCAGUCAUUGUCCAUUUUUGCUGCCUCAAGGUGAAGAUGUGGAAAAAGUUUUAGAUGAGUGGAAGGAAUAUAAAAUGGGAGUACCAACAUAUGGUGCCAUUAUUCUUGAUGAGACACUUGAAAAUGUAUUACUAGUUCAGGGAUAUUUAGCAAAAUCAGGCUGGGGAUUUCCAAAAGGAAAAGUUAAUAAAGAAGAAGCUCCUCAUGACUGUGCUGCCAGAGAGGUCUUUGAAGAAACUGGAUUUGAUAUCAAAGAUUAUAUUUGUAAGGAUGAUUACAUUGAACUUCGAAUCAAUGACCAGCUUGCUCGUUUGUACAUCAUUCCAGGAAUUCCAAAAGAUACAAAAUUUAACCCAAAAACCAGAAGAGAAAUUCGGAAUAUUGAGUGGUUCUCCAUUGAGAAAUUGCCCUGCCAUAGAAAUGAUAUGACCCCAAAGUCUAAACUUGGUUUGGCACCUAACAAAUUUUUUAUGGCCAUCCCCUUUAUCAGACCUUUAAAGGACUGGCUUUCUCGAAGAUUUGGAGAUUCUUCAGACAGUGACAAUGGAUUUUCUUCAACUGGUAGCACUCCAGCUAAGCCUACUGUGGAAAAAUUGAGUCGAACCAAAUUUCGCCACUGUCAGCAAUUAUUUCCUGAAGGUUCUCCUGGUGACCAGUGGGUAAAGCACAAGCAGCCACUUCAGCAAAAGCCAUAUAAUAAUCAUUCAGAGAUGUUUGACCUUUUUAAAGCAAAGAAUCAGAGUAUGAAGGGAAACGGCAGAAAACAGUACCAGGACUCACCUAAUCAAAAGAAAAGAACAAAUGGGGUCCACAGCCAGCCAACCAAGCAGCAGAAUUCCUUGAUGAAAUGUGAAAAAAAACUUCAUCCACGAAAACUUCAGGAUAACUUUGAAACAGAUGCUGUAUAUGAAUUAUCUUGCUCCAGUGAAGACCAGUUGCUUGAACAUGCCGAGGGACAGCCAUCUGUGGCAUGUAAUGGACAUUGCAAGUUUCCCUUUUCAUCCAGAGCCUUUUUGAGUUUCAAGUUUGAUCAUAAUGCUAUAAUGAAAAAUUUGGACCUUUGAUAGCAGUUAUGUUGUGAAAGUCUCAAGACCAGAGACCUGUUGCAUUUGAGUGGGUGUCUCUUUGAGCCUUACCUUUCUCAGGUGUUUUAAAAAAAAAUGCAGGUAGGCAAUGAUAUUUCUGGACAGAUUCUCUGUACAAGAGAAAGUAGAAUGAAACAUGAGUUUGCACUGCAAUUUUAACCUUUUAUACAGGUAAACCUUUUCAGUGUUUGGCUAACGAAUUUUAAGUUGCUAUUUUGAGGGCAUUUUUUCCUCCGUGUAUGAUUGUUUUAUUUUGUAUUCUGUCAAAAAGACAGUGUUUGAGUCAUCAAGUAACCAGGCUAAUGGUAGUGUUCCAUCUGCCAAUUAGAGUGUAAUUGCAAUAAUGAUUUAAACUGUACACAAUUAUUAAAUUAACUCAUUGCUGAAAUGUCACAGAAGUCAAGAUUGCAGGUCAUCUGCUUCAGUGGCAUUUUGCACAUUUUGCUGGUGAGAGGGGAGCAGAGAGCGUGGAGGCCGGAACCCAGCAACUGCUUCAGUUGUGUCUUAUCCUGCCACCAGCAUGCUAGUAUUGUAUAAUAAUUUCAUUCUUGUGAAAACUUAUUCUGUAUUACAAUUGUGUAAAUAUGUAUGGAAACUAACAUUACUGGGUUUUACAUCAUAUCUCAGUGUUGACCUCUGGAAACUAGUGUUCUCUUAGAUUCUGAUUUGCAGUAGCGACAGAGACUGACACUUUUAUUAGAUUAUUGGCACCCCUGAGUGAUUGAAUGAGGAAGAAAAGAUGGUAUGCAGUUUACCCAUGUACAAAUAAAGUAUUUCACCCUGGGAGGAUGUAACAUGGAAGUAACAUAAAUAAUUCACUUCUAGGAAUGUGUUUUCCCUGUCAAGUUCUAUAAUCCAAAUAAGGAUGCGAGUGCCCAUUUUUAGAAGGACUUCAGCUCUAAUUGAGGACAAUCAGUAGGGCUUUAAAGAGGAAUUUAGUAUUUGGGCCACUGCCAGCCUCAUUGAAGAUACUUUUCUUGGGAGGAGUAAGUGAGCAUGUGCAUAUGUGUACACCUGUCAUGUGAGUUUUAGGGAAAAAAAAGUUGUACAUGUGGUAUCCACAAAAUAUAUCUGCUUGUAAAUGUUAUCAUAGAAAUCUUUAUUCUCUAUAUAUAGCCUAUUUAGUAGGGGUUCUGUAUAACCCAGUGGAACUUUCAAAGGAAGUACUAUUCUAGGAAUUUACUUAACUACUUUACUGUAGCUUUCAAAUGGCUUAAUUUUAAAAGAGAUAGUCUAUUUAUUAAUAAAAGUGUCACUCUCGGUGCUAAACAGGAGAAUUCACAGUGACAAGUGCAUUUAGAAUUAGGUUAAUCACAAUUCUGCAUCUUUCAAUGUGACAAAUUUGUGAAUCCUGUGACUUUUUACAAAAUGCAUUGUAUGAUCACUUUUGGAAGCUCUUACUGUUCUUUCCAAAAACACAGCUGCUUUGCUUGGGUCUCCUUGAGCCAUAUUUAUAGUUGGUCCCAGCAUUCCAUAUCUAUUAAAUUGUUAUAAAAGAAGUGAAAAUACAGUUUGCCUGGCAGGUAACUAAUUUUCACUUGUUUACUGUCAUCUGGAAACCAUUUAUUUUUGUAGUGAUUGUAUGGAUGUCUUUUUUUUUCCCCCUUAUUUAGUACUUAAGUCAGUCUUUUGGUGCCUAGAGUUGGAACUUUUGAGUUUAUUACUAAAGCAAAAGAGAUUAGUAUGCUCUCUGAUGGUAUUGAGCCUUUCCAAGAACCAACAGAUUUUUUUCUAUAAGAGUUUAAUUAUGGUUAAAUGUUGUUACUGUUAUGCUGCUUCAUUUAAUGCACUGUGGAACACAAUAAGGAUAUUGUUGGGAUAGAAUUUGGUAACAACGCUAUUGGCUCUCUUGACAGUCUGACAUUUAAACGAAUUUGAGAUGUAAGUUAAAGUGUGUAAUGUGACUUAACUAUGCAGAAAAUGUGUAAGUUGGAUGUACCUGUUUUAUGUACAUCUGCUGUACUUACUUGGGUAUUAGUUUUUCAGUAUUCAGGUUACCUUGAAAAAGGCCAUGCUAAGUAAGCAUAGAAUUAAAUUUCUCCUUAGAGAGAUUUUAGCAUUACUUAACAAAUCACUUAAUAAAGGAGUAAUCUGAAUAUGCAAUAAUUUCCUCCUAGUGUGUGCUGCAUUUUUAAGAAGCUAGAAAGAAAAGCGUAGUUGUAUUGGCUUUGUUAUAUUUUUUUGUCUUUGAAAGAGAGAAUUUUUUUUUGAAUUAACAUUUUAAAUGUUCAUCUGUUCCAACCUACCAUGUUCCAAGGUUCAAUGCACUGUGAAUCUUUUUUUUAAAGAAAUGGGUAGGUGCUCUUAUGUAUAGCAGAUAGAUGUUAAAUGAUUUUUUUUGUAGCCAUUACAAUCCAAAAUUAGAGGGGCUUGGUUUACACAUUUUCAUAAGUUUUUAAGAAAUAGCAAAUGAAUAAUUUGCAGAUUUCAGUGAUUUUCAGUGAUGCUCUCCUGGAACAUGGACAUUUGGACAAGUAUGAGGCCCUAGUAGAAUUAUUUAGCAAGGAAAAAAUUUGAAGAUGUUUGAAAAUUAAGUUGGGGUUUUGUGUUAGUAUUAACAGCAAGUCUCCAGGUUGUCUGAGGAAUUGAGGUCACUGCUUGCUGCUAGAGCUUUAGAUAUCAUUAUUUUUCUAUAAAAUGUCCUUUAGUGAGUACAGCUGACAAAAUGCAUAGCAAAAUUAAUUUUAUGAUAUAAAGUUGGGUUUUUUUUUCUUUUAAAGUUUUAGUAAUCUGUGUAAUAUCAAAAACUCAAAUGCACUAAAAUUAAAUUCUUCUGUAAAACCAACUCAGCAUGGUUUUGAUAGUCUUUAGAAAUGUUCAGGUCUUGGUGCAUGUGUGCAUUAAAAACAUUUCAUUAACUAUUCUCUCAUGCUGCUUACCCACCAACCCACCCCCAACCCCCGCCUGCCUUCUUUAUAAGCACCAAUAGUUGACUUGAACUGCAGUGAGUAAAGUCAAUUUAAAAAAUUAGACUUUUUACCAUGUUGCUUGUUUUACUACAAAUGCUUCUUGGUUUUUUAUUAUUAUUAUUUUUUUAUCAGUGGACUUUUUUUUUAUUUGAUUGGCAUGUGUUCUGUCUAUUCUCUGAGGCAAUAUUUUCUUAGCAUAUUAAUCAUAGUUAUUAUGUUAAAUUCAGUAGCAUUUCAUGGCUGAAGAAAAAUAAGUGUUCUAGUCAUUUUGACUUGGAUUGUUUUUUAGCCUGGGGGAAGGGUCUCCUAUAUAUUGUAACAUUAGAUUAAUGAUAAACAAGACAAAGUCCUAUCUUGCCUGAAGGUAGGUACCUGUCUCUAGGUGGGUUAAAUAACUUUUAUUAGAUCUUUAUUACUUAGUACAGCCUAGUUAUAGUUCUUCAUUUUACAAAGACAUCUUUAAAAGAGGACUUUGCAUUGUUUUUAUAGUUGCCAAAAUUUAUUAAAAUGAGAUUAUGAUGGACUUCCUCAAACUUUUCUUUUUAAUUGAAUUGCUCUUGAAGUUUGUACUCUAAUCUCACAAAGGUGCCAGAUUGUAAAUGGGCAGUGAUAUGUCUGCCCUAUGCUUAUAAAGCAGAGCUCUGGAGUAGUUUCAAAAAAUAAGAUAGGCUAGUUGUUGUUAUAGAACAAAACUGCUCCAGAGGGAGGAAACAGGUAUAGUGGUAGAUAAGAGCAUAUUAGGAAGAAAAUUUAAAAGCUGUAUCAGUGGUUUUGUUGUUGUUUUGUUGUGUUUUUUGAGUGCUUAUGUGGUGCACUGGGUUAUUAAAGAGACCAUUGCCUGUCUAGUCCAAGCAAAGUCUAAUGUUUUUUCUAUUACCAAGUGUAUUGUAGAUAUGAUUAAAGUUAUUUUUUUCUAAGUAUAGUUGCCAAGCAAUCCAGUCAAUAUAAAGUACAUUUUUUUAUUUUUAAUUAAAGACCAGUGCGUGUUAUGGAUCUGUUCCUUCUUGUGCUGAUACUUUACAAUUUUAACCAUAUUGAAGUACAUUGCUUUCUGACAGGAAGGUAAUCCUCUGUAGUCAGAUGUGUGUUAAACUCACUUCAUGUGGUAGCUAUACAUUUGUCCUGAAAAUGAUCUAUUUCUUUCCACUUAGAUUCCUUGAGAUGAACAGCAUUUAUUACUGAGAGAGAGAGAGAGUAGUCAGUCUAUAGCUAGGAGAAAUAAAAACUACCUCUCAUACCUGGAAGUGAACUUGAAAGAUUGACUUCCAUUAGCUUUAUUACUUAAAUUUUACCCUAAAGUACAAAAAAAGUAUAAAGAAGUAACAUUGAUAAAGUAUGAAAGACAUAUUUUGAGACAUUUUGUAAUUGAAUUCCUAGUUUGGGUGCCCUGAUUUAUGAAAUUGCCAGUAAUGAGAUUCCAUUUGUCUUGGGUCUUCUGUGGCUGCUGAGAGAAUAGUUUAGCUAUGCUAGUAAUUUGAAAGCCAUUAGCCUUGACAAGGUGCUUGUGUUACAGUACCUGUAUUUGGUCAAGCGUACUUUGGGGGAUUUCAGUUGCAUAUCUUUGCUACUUUAUUCCACAUAGAUUCUCCUCUUAGUAAAAUUGUCCAUUGGAAGUGAAGUAUAAGACCCUGGAUAUGUAUUUGCUGUUAUUUUUGUGAAUAAGUUCUUAUAGGGUGAUAUUUUGGUAAUUGGUAUCUGUUGAGUGCCAUUUGAAGACCUGUUUUUUUUUUUUUUUAAUUUUUAU